AUGUUUUUUGUAGGUGUUGCGGUUUUGGCGGCAUUGCAGAGUGUCUGGGGAAACGGAGGGCUGGAGACUAAUGAAGUAGCAGGGAUGGACAGGCUUGGUGUGGAGAGCCAGAAGGAAAAUCCUCCUGGGAUCCUCCUUCGAAAAGAUGAUGGGAUGUGUGAGGCAAGGAAGCCGAUGGACAUGUCCCCUGGAGAGGUUCAGACGGAAACUAAGACUGUCGUUAAGGAGAUUGUUGUAGAGAUUGAAGAGCCCAGAGAAGGCAUCCAGGAGGUCCUUCCUGUAGUCCAAUACGAAGGGCAGGCCAAGGUAUCUGCAGGCAAUGACCUGCUUAAGCCGUCCUGUGGGGUCAGCAGUGGAUUUACAUCUUCUGCGGAAAGGUGCUAUGUUCUGACAAAGGACGCUCACGACGGAGAUACAUCGAAGAUGAUUUCUCUUGUGGAGAGCCUGAGCGGAAGAGUCAAGAGGCAGUACACCAAGAACAUCACAGGCGUGUCGUUCUGCUCGAGCCACAGCGAUGUACUAAGAAAAGUCGAUGAUGCAGGGAUGCAUGUGGAGGAGGACAAGAUCUAUACUGUAUCUAUGCUCCAAAACAACAUUCCAAACUACAUGUAUCUGAUGAGGCACUAUGAAAACACAAUCUUCAACAACUACUUCUACGACAACUGGAUCUUCCGGGUGCUGCAGAUCAAGAGAGUAAUGACAAAGUUUCUUGGAUCCUAUGAAUACUACCACACCGGAAAGGGCGUGAACAUCUUUCUUCUGGACACUGCGAUCAGUUCGAUGGAUGGUGCCUGCAAUCUCAGCGGACGCCUCGAGGCAUGUAAUGCACACGGGAACGUGAUGGCUGAGCUUCUGGUUGGGAAGACUAACGGGUUUGCCAAGGACAGUCGAUUGAGCGUUCUUGAUGUGGUCGACUGCGAUGGAAAGGUUGCACUUUCGGAGAUGAUCCAUGGGCUGGAAGGCCUCAGAGAGAGUGGAGGCCCCAGCAUCCUUGUUUUUGGUGUUUCUGGACCGUAUUCUGCCUCUCUAAACUCUGCCGUUGACCGCAUAUCCAGCCGUGGAACGGUUGUUGUAUCUCCUGCUGGGAACUCCCACGACCAGUCCUGCAACUACUCUCCCGGAAGCUCGAAGUCGGUCAUAAAUGUCGGGUCUGUGGAUAAGCAUGCUGGAAUAUCCAGGUUUUCAAACCAUGGAGACUGCAUAAGGAUGUUCGCGCCGGGAGAGGAUGUUCUUCAGGACAGCAGCCUCACAGGAACAAGUUUGUCAGCAGCGAUAGUCGCAAGCUCCAUUGCUCUUUUUUUAGAGACGUCUCCAAGAGCCGCGUUUCCUCAGAUCUGGGGAUACCUUAACCAGAAUUCAUUCUGGAACAGUAGAGGAUCGUACAGUGUGCUGAAGAUACCACGCCUAGGAUGCAAAGGCCGCAUUCGAGGGUCUAUUUUCCGCCUUGGAGGACUGUAUGAGGACAUUGUUCCUCUUGUGUUUGUUGUUCUCAUUACCUCUGCUCUGUUAUAUUUACUGCUCAUUGGGAUACGGCGCUUUAGAAGGAGAAGGGAGCAGGAGCUCCACGACGAGGAUGUGCUUUUUGACCCUCCGGUGGACAGAUUCUGA